CCCAUAAAACCAAGAUUUUCUCUGCUUACACCUAUUCCUCUCUUAAACCCUAGCACCUGGAAUUCCGAGACUGAGAUCCAAGCUCUCCCACACAAUUGUUUGUUUUUCAUUUGAUAUCUAUAUUUGAGGUGAAUUUUGCAUAUGUGCCGGAAUGGCCAACAAUUCUCAACCCUCUAGUGCACAGCCACAUUGGCCUCCUGCAGUUGGAUCCUUGGGUCCUCAAAGUUAUGGUUCUCCUUUAUCUUCACAGUUCCGACCAGUCGUCCCAAUGCAGCAAGGUCAGCACUUUGUUCCAGCUGCUUCCCAACAGUUUCGGCCUGUUGGGCAGGUUCCCUCUUCAAAUGUUGGGAUGCCAGCUGUUCAAAAUCAGCAGAUGCAGUUUUCUCAGCCAAUGCAGCAGUUUCCACCACGGCCAAAUCAACCUGGUCUUUCUGCACCUUCAGCACAGCCUAUGCAUGUACCAUUUGGUCAAACAAACAGGCCACUUACAUCUGGAUCACCACAGUCACAUCAAACUGCUCCCCCUUUGAAUAGUCAUAUGCCAGGCUUAGGGGCCCCUGGAAUGCCCCCCUCUUCAUCAUAUAGUUAUGUGCCAUCUUCUUUUGGCCAGCCACAGAACAAUGUCAGUGCAUCGUCCCAGUUUCAGCCUACAUCUCAAGUGCAUGCACCUGUUGCUCCUGUGGCUGGACAACCUUGGUUGUCAUCUGGAAAUCAGAGUGUUUCACUUGCUAUACCAAUACAGCAGACUGGCCAACAACCUCCACUCAUUUCUUCUGCAGAUACAGCUGCCAAUGCUCCUAUUCUUACUCCGCCAUCAGCUUCUGAUUGGCAAGAGCAUACAUCUGCUGAUGGAAGAAGAUACUAUUACAACAAAAAGACGAGGCAAUCUAGUUGGGAAAAGCCUCUGGAACUGAUGACACCAAUAGAGAGAGCUGAUGCGUCCACUGUUUGGAAGGAAUUUACAACUCCAGAGGGAAGAAAGUAUUAUUAUAACAAGGUUACAAAGCAAUCUAAGUGGACAAUACCUGAGGAAUUGAAGUUAGCUCGUGAGCAAGCUCAGGUAGUAGCUAGCCAAGGAGCCCCAUCAGAUACAGGAGUGGCUUCUCAAGCGCCAGUUGCUGGUGCUGUCUCCUCAGCUGAGAUGCCUGCUGCAGCUAUUCCUGUGAGCUCCAACACUUCGCAGGCUUCAAGCCCAGUAUCAGUUACGCCUGUUGCUGCUGUUGCUAAUCCUUCCCCUACUUUAGUAUCUGGAUCAACAGUUGUUCCUGUUUCACAAUCUGCUGCAACGAAUGCAUCUGAGGUUCAAUCACCUGCAGUUGCUGUUACCCCCUUACCUGCUGUUUCCUCCGGAGGUUCUACUACUCCUGUUACUUCGGUCAAUGCUAACACAACAAUGAUAAGAAGCUUGGAAAGUACAGCAUCUCAAGAUUCUGUGCAUUUCACAAAUGGAGCUUCUGCUCAGGACAUUGAGGAAGCAAAAAAGGGGAUGGCAACGGCUGGAAAGGUUAAUGUGACUCCAGUGGAAGAGAAAGUUCCGGAUGAUGAGCCUUUAGUAUAUGCAAAUAAGCAGGAAGCAAAAAAUGCUUUCAAAUCCCUCCUUGAAUCCGCAAAUGUGCAAUCUGAUUGGACUUGGGAGCAGACAAUGAGAGAAAUAAUUAAUGACAAAAGGUAUGGUGCUUUGAAGACACUUGGGGAGCGGAAGCAAGCCUUUAAUGAGUAUUUGGGUCAAAGGAAAAAGCUAGAGGCUGAGGAAAGGCGCAUGAGACAGAAGAAAGCUCGGGAGGAAUUCACAAAGAUGCUUGAAGAGUCCAAGGAACUCACAUCAUCCAUGAGAUGGAGCAAAGCUCAAAGUUUAUUUGAAAAUGAUGAAAGAUUCAAGGCUGUUGAACGAGCCAGAGACCGGGAAGAUCUUUUUGAAAAUUAUAUAGUGGAACUUGAGAGAAAGGAAAGGGAAAAUGCUGCAGAGGAAAAAAGGCGGAAUAUAGCAGAAUACAGGAAAUUUCUGGAAUCCUGUGAUUUUAUUAAGGCAAACAGCCAGUGGCGGAAAGUUCAAGACCGCUUAGAGGAUGAUGAAAGAUGCUCACGUCUUGAAAAAAUUGAUCGCUUGGUCAUGUUCCAGGACUACAUUCAUGACUUGGAGAAGGAAGAAGAGGAAAAAAAGAAGAUGCAAAAGGAACAAUUGAGACGUGCCGAGCGCAAAAACCGUGACGCAUUCCGUAAGCUUAUGGACGAACAUGUUGUUGAUGGCACUCUUACGGCUAAAACUUACUGGCGGGAUUAUUGUUUGAAGGUGAAAGAUCUGCCCCCAUAUCUUGCUGUUGCAUCAAACACAUCUGGUUCAACACCAAAAGAUUUGUUUGAGGAUGUUGUUGAAGAAUUAGAAAAACAGUAUCAGCAAGACAAAACCCAUAUUAAAGAUGCAAUGAAGUCAGGGAAGAUUUCCAUGGUUUCCACAUGGACAGUUGAAGACUUCAAAGCUGCUAUUUCAGAAGAUGUUGGUUCCUUGCCAAUAUCAGAUAUAAACUUAAAGCUUGUGUAUGAGGAGUUACUCAAGAGCGCCAAGGAGAAGGAGGAGAAAGAGGCUAAGAAACGUCAGCGUCUAGCAGAUGACUUCACUAAGCUAUUACAUACAUAUAAGGAGAUAACUGCAUCCUCUGAUUGGGAGGAUUCCAGACCACUUUUUGAAGAAAGCCAAGAAUACAGAUCAAUUGCGGAAGAGAGUUUAAGGAGAGAGAUCUUCGAGGAAUACAUUGCAUACUUACAGGAAAAAGCUAAAGAAAAGGAGCGCAAGCGUGAGGAGGAAAAGGCCAAAAAGGAGAAAGAGCGAGAAGAGAAAGAGAAACGAAAGGAGAAGGAGAGAAAGGAGAAGGAAAGAGAACGUGAAAGGGAAAAGGGUAAGGAGCGAACUAAAAAAGAUGAAACAGAUAGUGAGAAUUUAGAUAUAUCUGACAGUCAUGGCCAUAAAGAGGACAAGAAAAAGGAAAAAGAAAAAGAUAGGAAACACCGCAAACGACAUCAAAGUGGUGGUGAUGAUGGGAGUUCCGAUAAGGAUGAUAGGGAGGAGUCUAAGAAGUCUCGCAGACACGGCAGUGACCGUAAGAAAUCAAGAAAGCAUGCGCACUCACCUGAAUCUGACAAUGAAAGCCGGCAUAAAAAGCACAAGAGAGAUCACCGCGAUGGAUCGCGUAGAAACAGUGGUUAUGAGGAGCUGGAAGAUGGUGAAGUUGGUGAGGACGGUGAAAUUCAGUAGUUUCUUACUGAUGCAAAAAUUCAAAGAAACCGAUUGGGGGAUUAACUACCUAAGAUUUCAUCGUUGCAUUUUGUAUCCUAUAAGCUCAAUCGUAAAUGUCUAUAGAUUUUUAGGGGUUUUAGAUCAUUUAGGCACAUACCUUAAACUAAUUAUUUUGCUUAUUUUCCUAGUACGAGAGUUUAGGGUUGUCCUGUAUUCUACGUUUGUAUUAGCGUUUAGAAUCCUAGGUUGGUGGGGGGUUUUGGUUUUAGUAUUUGAAGUCUAAAGUAUUUGGUAAAGUCUUUCUUCAGAGUUGCAGUUCCAGUUUUUUGGCUAACAAAUUGGUGGGGCCACAAUUGCAAGAAUUACAUCCAUCACUUAAUAGCUGUAACACAUGUAACUGGUUGACGGUAUCUUUUGAAGUAAGUUUGUAAGUUUCGGCUCAUUUUUAGAGAUUUACAACGGGGCAAUGAUGGGAGGCUGCUGCCUCCUUUGAUAUCCCAUAACUAUUUUUUUUUUUAUGUAUUUAUUAUAUGAGUUUAAGGGAAGCUUUAUUUUUACGUCCAUAA